AUGAUCUCGAUAGGGGUCCUACUUACGAUUGUGUGCGCGAUUACCGCUAAUAAAAUAACAGAAACAAAACUUUCCGAACAAAUUUUGCGACGUCUCAACCCAUUAGCAGACAUCCCAAUCAAAACACCCGAACCAAUAACAACUGGAUUAAUAAACAAGACGUUAGAUAGUUUAGGUAUCAAUAAAGAUGCAGUGGCAAAACUGUCUGAGAAAGUUAAAAGUGCUAGCAGUCAAGCAGCAAAAAUCGCUGAGGACUUUUCCUACAUCACGCGUAUGGAUAAUACGGGGAAUCAGCCAGGUCCAAUACUAAAGUCGGUCGAGGAGUCACCAGAUUAUGCAUCAUCGGUCGUGCUUGCGAGUGAUUUGUUAUCGCUUACGAGUGCCAUAGCGAAUGUUAAGGAGAAAUCAUGUAGGGAACAAGGACACAAGUUUCUGGAAGGACUGUUGCAGAACAAGAGGUGGGCUCUCAAAAUGUUUGAUGCUUCAGCUAAAUCACCUCAAGGGCUUCUUUUCGGUUCUUCAUACCAUCUCGGAAACUUUGAUGAGUGUGUAGGUAUAGACGAGCCUGGCGAUACCGGAGUUACUCUUGAAGGCGAAUACUGCCUCGCAACAAUAAAAUGGAGGCACGGACAGAAAGAUGAAAAGGUACGAACUGGUCGCGGUGAAACUCUUCGUUGGGCGGUAUGCGUACCAAGUGCUUGCGAUGCCAAAGCAGUUCAGGGAUUUGUUACAGACGUGCUGAUACGUACAGUCGGGAAUGGAACUACGGUAGAAGUCACUGAACGAGACUGCUAUACGCGCCGCCCUGUAGAUGUCACCACGUUGGACAUCGGUUAUUUGUCGUUUAUGCUGGCUAUUAUUGCUAUAAUUACUUUAUGCACAUUGUACGAAGUUUACACAAAUGCGUACUGUAAAAAUAAAGGUACUAUUACGCAUGAACUCAUAAUAUCAUUUUCACUUAUCAAUAAUAUGAAAAAAAUAUUUUCGACCAAACAAAAUAAUGGACUAGGUCUGGAAUGUAUUUCUGGCAUCAAAUCAUUGGCCAUGAUUUUUAUAGUCGCUGGCCAUGCUUGUCUGUUUAUUGGUAGCGGACCCGUAAUGGACGCUGAGGCUUGGGAUCGGUUGAUAAAACAGCCUGCUAACGCAUUCAUGUUGAGCAACACUUUACUUGUGGACACUUUUCUCAUGCUGAGUGCUUUCCUGUUCUGUCGCCUACUCCUGAUCGAGUUUGACAAACGAAGAGGAAAACUUAAUGUUGUACCGAUUUUGAUAUUUCGGUACAUCAGGGUAACGCCGGCAUAUGUAGUGGUUAUUUUAUUCUACUUGACCUGGCUUUCGAAGAUAGGGGAGGGACCCCUAUGGGAAAACAGAAUGCAGUUAGAACAAGAGAGGUGUUUGGAAACUUGGUGGGCAAACAUAUUGUACAUAAACAAUUACUUCAAGACGGAUCAACUUUGUAUGUUUCAAUCUUGGUACCUAGCCGUAGACACGCAACUAUUUUUCAUAGCCCCUAUUUUUAUAUAUGGCCUGUGGAGGUGGCAUAGACUGGGAAAAAUUUUCUUAGCUCUAGGUAUAAUUGUAUCCCUGGCGAUACCAUCUGUUAUUACUUACAAAGAACAAUUGGAUCCAACAUUGCUGUUUUAUGCCAAAGAAUUUACUGACUUCGCAACUAACUUCUACUUCAGGGAAGCUUAUAUUAAGACUCAUAUGAAGAUGACGCCAUAUUUCAUGGGGUUACUGACAGGCUAUAUCUUGCAUCGGGUUCAAACGGAGAACUACAAGUUAUCUCGGCUACUGAAAACCUUCGCCUGGAUAACCAGCAUAAUUUUAGGAACUGUAGCCGUUUUCUCCGUCAGUGUGUUCUACCAAGACUGGUACAAAUAUAGCGUUAUAGAAGCAGCUGCUUAUGUGUCCCUGCAUAAGCUCGCAUGGAGUAUAGCCAAUGGUUGGCUUAUAAUAGCUUGUGCCACUGGGAGUGGAGGUAUUUUAAAUAUGUUAUUGACAAUGAAAAUGCUGGUACCAAUUUCAAGGCUGACAUUCUGCGCUUAUCUUGUGAACGGAAUCGUUGAAUUAUAUUAUGUGAGCCAAUUAAGGCAUCCUCUGCACAUCACAUUUUUCACUGUGAUGGCGAAUAGUAUUGCACACGUAGUUCUAACAUUUACCCUUGCCUUGAUGCUAUGUGUCAUCUUCGAAUCUCCAAUUCACGGCAUCGAAAAGAUGCUUCUGAGGAUAUUUGCCAAACCAGUUUUAAGUGAUAAUGCAAGAAGAGAUUCAUCAUGCGAGACAUCGAGAAAUACUAGUCAGUCUAAACUAGAAACGUAA